AACAACCUUGAUCUUCGAGCAGUCCCGCAAUUCUCCUCAAGGGCCGAACAUCUCCACUGGAUCGAACUUCGCUCCGGAACUGUGGAUCCACCAAGCGCAGGCAUUCAUCAAGAUCCGGAUGACAUCGAGUCCGACGCCCUCGUCCAUCCGAGCCGUACUGUCUCGUCGACGGCAAUAUCACUUCUCUGGGGAUGCCACAUGGGGGCAGCAACUCGGAUAUACUCUUGGAUAAGGUCAUAUUUCGAACUGGCAAUUGUUGUGGCGUUCGGCAUUUCCGCACAGAAUAGUGGAGACUAG